GAUUGAUCGACUUCGCUGAACGGUGAACUCCGUUUAUGGGUGAAAGACAUUAACAUGCGAACGUGAAUUCAUUACUUACAAAGCUUAAACCAGAUGUCCGCGGGACCAAUGAUGACUUGUAUCUCGGAGUUUAUCUUGUGGUAAGGAAAGUCCGGGACAGCCCAAAAAUUGUCGUUGAGAAUAACCUACCUCAUCCUGUUCCCGACGAGACUAUCUGGAGAAAUGUCUAGACUACGCACUCUGAUCAAGAAUCACGUCCAGAGCUUUUACGACAGUACUAAAACCAGUGACUGUAAUUUCGAGUCGAGAGGGCUUUCAAGUAUCGUGGAUAAUCGACAAACAGUGUCCACGCUCGCAGCUGCAAUUGCCAACUCCCAAUUUCGGGCCGCAGCACUGCGGUGCCUGAUCGCCUCGGUCAUCUUCUCGAAGAUGGCUCUAGAAAGUGGGCCCAACACCACGUUCGUGUCGUCGGAGGUUGCAAACUGCCUUCGAGUGAUAAUGGGAUCAGGAACGAACCAAGUACAGAUGGCUUUCAUUAGCAAAUGGCGCACUAUGGCUUCCACAAUGUUGCAGCCUACGUAAGGCCGAGGAUCAAUCACGAAAGACGACCCACGUGCUCCAAACAUUGAUAAGGCACUCUCAACACUGGACUCUGUACUGGAACCUUUGGCGGAACGAGGUGUUGACAAUGCUCAGCGUCGCCGCAACCUUGAGGAGAUUCUUAAGCGUGCUGCUAGCUUUGCCUUUUUGCUAUUCUCGCAACUCAGCUUUUGGAAGUUCGAAUGGAAAAGCAUGCAUAACCUGGGCCACAAUUGUUAGUGGUUCAUCCUGCUUUGGUACAAGUUACCAACAAGAGUGGCCAAAACCUGAACCGUCCAAGAGUCCUCGAAGAA